UGAUUGUAUUUUUUAGUACAUAGUAAUUAAUGAAAAUUGGACUUUCUGAGCAUAACACAUAUUUCCUAAUUGAACUUCGGUAUUAUAUCUCUUAAAAGAUCUGACAUUUGUGAAGGACCCAAUUACUGUUGACCUUUUAUUAAUAACAGGAGUGGGGGCACAGAGUUUAUACAAAAAGUGAAGAUGUCAAGAAGGACAGCAUCAGCAUAUAGAAAUGUUAACUAUCAAGAGUUGCGGAAAGAUGAUGAAUUCACUGACUCUCAGUUUGAUAUUCCAGCACAAGAAAUUCGAUGGAAGGCUCUUAGUCUCGCAGCAUUUCUCUUUUUUGGAGGAAUAAUACUGCUGGUCGUUGGAAGUUUACUCAUUAGUGGUCAUAUUGAUGCAAAGUAUGCAGAUCGGAAAUGGCCUCUUAUUAUACUGGGAAUUAUCAUGUUUUUGCCAGGUGCAUACCAUGUAAGAAUUGCAUAUUAUGCAUAUCGUCAGUAUCCAGGCUACUCUUUUGAUGAUAUUCCACAGUUUGAUUGAGACUAUGGGAACCUGCACAUGACAAUACAAUGAAGUACAAGUGCAUAGCGUGUAAUAUGGACACCGCUCACUGAAGACAGUUUCAAGCACUCGUUUAACACACUUCACCUCUUAACUGCUUGACAUACUUAAAUGGAGGUAGUAUUUUGUUCCAGAGCAUCAGUGAGCUUCUCUUGGACUAUAUGGUGUUACAUUC